AUCCUGCUCAAAAAUCAAUUAAUUGCCGUGGAACUAACUCAAAAAGACUAUUCACCUGUAUAUCCACAUGAGAUUCUAGUGCAAGAACUCAUUUUACCAGGACCAUUACCUCUUCCCUUUAUAGAAUGCUCUUAUUUGUUUACAGGUAAUAGUAAACAGUUAUUUACAUUUCUCCAACAAAAAUAUGGAGACUUAUGUGAAUUUUACCUUAACGGAUCACGAAGAAUUUUGAUUUCGAAUCCUGAAUAUCUCGAAAGAAUGUUAACCCCUUCAUCUAAGGAUACUACAUUCAUGACAAGAUUUCCAUAUUUAGAAGGAUUUGAAGAGUUUGGAUUGGGUGGAAAAGGCAUAAUAGCAAAUCAUGAUAUCAAAAGUUGGAGAUUUAACCGUCAAUUCUUUAAUCAAGCUAUUCUUACACCAAGUUUUAAUAAUGAAUCUGUUAAAUGGGCUAAUCAAUUACUUCAAGAAUUAGAGGAAUAUUGGAAAUCUCUUGGAAAAUUAAAUUUAUCCGGUGAUAAUUUACAAGAUGAUAAAAAUGAGUGGUCACUCGAAAUGGAUAUAGCAAAAUGGUCUCGUAGAUUUACGAGUGAUAUGAUAGUAAUUUUAGUCACUGGUGAAAGAUCUUAUACCAUGGCUUCAUAUUAUAAUAUUUACAGCCCAGUAAAAGUAAAUCGUACUGGUGCAUUGAUUGAAGAUUCUGAAAGAUUUGUUCAAGGAUUUAGCCUUCACGUUGCCUCAUUCCCAUAUUUUAUGUAUCUUGGAUCAAUCUUGCGUCAUUACGCACCAUUUAUUAGAUCUAAAGUUAAAGCGAUAGUUAAAAAUCGGGAUUAUUUGUUUGAAACAUUAGAUAUGAUGAUUAAAAAGAGAAGAAAAGAGAUUGAAGAGACUCCAAUAGAUGCCGAAUUAAGGCAAGAUAUGUUGACAUCUUUAAUUAUUGCUAAUACAGAAAGAAAUAAGAAUCGUAUGAGUACUGGUGAUAUCACUAGACCAAUGACAGACGUUGAGAUUAGAGGUAACUUGCUUGACGCUUUCUUAGGUGGUGUUGAUACUACAGCAAAUUCAUUCAGUUACGUAACCUAUUACGUCUGCCACCACCCUCAAGUUAAACAAAAAAUGAUCGCAGAAAUCGACUCAAUAUUUCCUCCAAAUACUCCUCUCAAUUUGAAGUAUGAAGACCUUUUAAAAUUAGAAUAUUGUGAUGCAAUUAUUAAUGAAGUUAGUCGAGUGAUGCCGGUUGUACUUGAGAUCGUAAGAUAUCUUGAAGAUCCUUGCGAAUUUGCUGGGUAUCGAUGGGAACCUGGAACGUAUUUCCAUUUGAAUGUUCUUGGCAUCCACUAUCAUCAAGAUACUUGGCCUAAACCAGAAAUUUUUGACCCGGAUCGAUUUUAUAAAAAGGAUGAUAGCAACAAUUUGAAUGAUAAAGCAAAACCUAAAUUUUCUAUUAUACCAUUUGGUGGUGGAUUACGCAUGUGCCCUGGAAGAAAGUUGGCGACUAUAGAAUUACUUGCAUUAAUGGUAAUGGUAUUUGGAAAGUAUGAUGUUGCGUUAAUUGAUAUGAAAGCGGGAUUAAAAGUAGAAACUACUAGCAUAUCUAUCU